GCCCAGCUCUUUGCAGUUCCCCACAGCCCAGGGCCACGCUCAGCAGCUUCUGACCCCUGUAAGAGGUGCUCUUCCCUUCCUCGUUGGCUUAGGGCCCGAUCCAAGCUCCAUUGCAGCAGGCUGAGGGCAGGUUAGAGCCUACCCUGUCAUUUGGAAGUGUCUAGUGGUGCCGAGAUGGAAGAUCCCAGCUGAGCUCCAUUGUUGCAGUUCCGCUUCCUCGUCACUCCGCACGCUGCUCUCCUGAGCUUUACCGGGGUCCCGGCCAAGGAAUGAUCCAGACGAGCUACGUGUAAAGUUAAGCACUUUGGAUUUCCAGCUGGGAGUUGAAAGGGGACCCCGGCCUCCAUACCAAAGUGUAACUCAGAUGUCUACCCGGUGAAGAGUAAAGGGCAAGCAUGGAUGGUCUCCUCCUGUUACCGCUCUUGUUACAAGUUUCAGGUGCCAUGAACGGGCCCAGGCUGUUGACAGCGGGGGUUGGAGGAUCAGUCACUGUCCCGUGUUUGUAUCCAAAGACUCCAGCCAACAGACACGACCGGAAGUUUUGGUGUAAAGUGUCAGCCACCAAAGUGUGCAACACCAUCGUUUCUACCAACAGUUACACCUCCGAAGAGUACAAAAACCGAGCAGAAAUCACCGACUUCCCUCAUAACAGCACAGCCAUCCUGCGAAUGACCAACCUGAGGAAGAACGACAGCGGGAUCUACAGAUGUGGCAUCGGCAUUACCAACAGAGGCUUAUUUAUCAGCGUAAACCUCACGGUGCUGGACGAUCCCACCGUGCCAAAAUCACCAGAACUGGUGCUUGGGGAGCCCAGAGGAUCCGUGACAAUCCAAUGUCCCACGGAAAACGUCAAAGGCAGCGGAAGGAGCUUUUGGUGUAGACUGGGAAAAAAUGGCUGUUCUCUCAUAGCAGACACGGACGGUUACGUGAGCGAGAAUUACAACGGGAGAAUCGUCAUCACCCAACAGGAGAGCUCUGGGACUUUUCACAUCUUGAUAAAUGGACUAAAACCAGAGGAUUCGGGGCUGUAUAAGUGUGGGACAGGAACGCCAAGUGAUUCCAGAGACACAGAAACCAUCGACCUCCAGCUCACUGAAGAUUCAACCAUCCCCAAGCAAUUGAAACACUUGAGUGGAGUUGUAGGUGGCUCGGUGUCUGCUACGUGCCGCUAUGAUCCCCAAAAGAAUUAUGAGAUGAAAUACUGGUGCAAGUGGGAGAAGGCAGAAUGCCGCCUCGUGGUGGAUACCCAUGGAUUUGUAGAUGAUGCAUUUAAAGGAAGAACAAGGAUAGUCAGCGAUAACCAGAAAAAUGGAACUUACACAAUAGUGAUGAACCGCCUGAGAGAAAAGGAUGAAGGAUGGUAUUGGUGUGGGGCUAAAGAUGGAAACACGGAGCAGACAUUUUCUGUCAUGUUAUACAUCGAAAAUGAGUCACAGACCCCUGCACCUGCAAGCCCCAAAACAGCAACAAGAGCCAAAGGAGCAGCAACAGCGUCAGUAGCAGCAACUACAAGUGCUAAAGGAGCAGCAACAAGGCCAGUAGCAGCAUCUGCAGGAGCCAAAGGAGCAGCAACAGGGUCAGCAGCAACUAUAGCAGCAGCAACAAGAGCACACGGAGCAGCAACUCCUGUCCUCCACAGCAUCCCCAGCCACACAAGCAUCCCAGACCACACAUACCCGGCAAGCACAGUUACCGAGAGGCCUUUGGGAACAGCAACCACUUCUGACAGACUUGUAACUUCCAGUCAGGAAGCCUACAGCGAAAGUUCAUCAAGUGGUUCACUGUUCCUUUCAGCUGUGUUACCAGCUCUCCUUGUGCUGCUGCUUCUUGCUGGUGUUGUUGUCCUGAUUAAAGUAAAGCUGCUAAAGAAGAGAAACGCCAGACAGGCUGGGAGCAACCUUGAAACUGCCCCCAUCUUAAUUGACUUAAAGGAACUUAAAAAGAAUACGACAGAAGAUGACGUGAGAACAACCAGGUGGAAGCUGAGCCUUCAAAAAAGUUGUGCCAUUCUUGAUCUGCGAACGGCCAGGAACAUGCAGAAGAAGCCAUGCAUCUGCAUUUCUGCCCUGCAUGAAAGAAAAAUGACUUUACUAGUGUUCAUCUUCUUGCUCUCCUUCGUCUGGACUGAGUCUCUAAUAGUUAAAAGUCCCAUAUUUGGACCAAGGAGUGUGACUGGAGUGACUGGAGGAUCGGUUACAGUGCAAUGCUUCUACCCUGACACCUCUGUAAACAAGCACGACAGGAAGUACUGGUGCAAAGAAUCAACAAGGCAAUGCGAGACAGUCGUUUCUUCCAACGGCUAUGUUGCUCGUGGAUAUGAAGACAGAGCAAACCUCACCGACUACCCCGAGCAAGGCAUCUUCGUCAUGACCAUGUCUAACCUGGAAAAGAAAGAUAUGGGCUCUUAUAAAUGCGGCAUUGGUAUAAGUUCUAAGGGACUCAACUUCAGAGUCAAAGUGAAUGUGAUUCAAGAAAACUCACCUGUGCCUAGUGAAGCCCAACUCUUCUAUGCUGAGCAGGGAGGUUCUGUGACCAUGGGCUGUGAGUUUGGUGAGCAACACGCUAGCGCCAGGAAAUACUUGUGCAAGAUGGGGAAAACGGGCUGCUCUCCUGUGAUCGACACGUACGGAGUUGUCGGUGAACCCUACAAAGGGAGGACGCUGCUGAGCAAUCAGCAAACUCCAGGGUCAUUCAGCAUCAUUAUAGGCUACCUGAAGCCAGAAGAUUCAGGGACCUAUUUGUGUGGUGUUGGGAACUACGGGGGAGAAAGCCAGGAACUGGAUUUACAUGUCUAUGUAGGAACAUCUGUCCCCCAGGGGCCACGUAUAAUAAAAGGAGUCAGAGGUGGUUCUGUAGCUGCUGAAUGCCAGUAUGAUCCACGAGGGAAGUACUCACUCAAGUACUGGUGCAAAUGGAAACAACAUGGAUGCACUGAGUUAAUAAGGAGCGAUGGGUUUGUCGCAGAAGCAUACGAAGGACUGAUAACCAUGUACGAUAAUCCGAGAAAUGGAACGUUCACCAUAAUAAUGAACCAGUUGAAAGAUGACGAUGCAGGAUAUUACUGGUGUAUGACAGCUGGCGAUAAGGAAAGGAAAGCUUCAAAGGAGCUGAAGAUUGUAAAUGGGACUCCUGGUUUAACGGGAGAGAAGGAAGUCAGUGCAGUGAUUGGUGAACCCCUCACUCUAAGUUGCUCUUAUCCGUGCAAGUACUAUUCCUUUCAGAAAUAUUGGUGCAAGUGGAGUAAUAAUGGCUGCCAGUCUCUCGUCUCGUACGAUCAAAACCAAACCGGCCGUGUUGUUGACUGCAACCAGGACAACAGAACCAUUGCCCUCAAAUUUGACCACGUGUCACAGGCAGACCAGGGGUGGUAUUGGUGUGGAGUGAGCCACAGUGGUCACUAUGGGGAAACGAUGGCGGUGAACGUGAAAGUAAAUGGAGCAAUAAUUAAAACUGAAGACAAAGGACAGCUAGGCAAUACUAAUCUCAAUGAAGACACUCCAAGUGGUGCUGCUCCUGAAAGUGGUGCUGCUCCUGAAAACAGAGCAGUACAAGUAGACGCUGAAAAAAGCUCUGGACAAAGUCAAGUGCUUGUCCCAGUUGUGGCUUGUAUUGGCGGUGUGCUCCUGAUCCUGGUUGUGGCCUUUGCUGUGUUUAGAUAUAGGAGCCUGAACAGGUCAGACCUGGUAUCAGUUGGAAGCUACAGAACUAACAUCAGUAUGUCAGAGUUUGAGAACGCCAAAGAGCAUGGAGCAAACGAUAACACAUUUAUGAAAGACACUCAGGAGACCCAAAUUGGGGGAACGGAUGAAUUCAUAACUACUGCUGACACUGAAGACGUAGAGGAGCCAAAGAAGGCAAAAAGGGGAUCUAAGGAGGAGGCUGAUGUUGCCUACAGCAUGUUCCUGCUUCAAACGAACAACAUUGCUCAGGAACAUGCUGCUAGGGGCACUAACACUUAGCAACUGAACGUGUAAGGUGGCCUGGUGCAACUGUUUCUGAAGGAGAUAUAAGCACAAAGUCCUUACGAUUGAAGACAACACUAUCUGCAUAAUCACUCGCCACCAGAUCAGCCAGCCAUGCCGUUUAUUACUGUGACAAACGUUUCAAUGCAUUUUGAUCGCUUAGUACUUCAAGAAUGUCUUAAUCCAGCAUUGAGAGAUGAUUUAAUGAGGAUGUUUUGGUUCAAAACUGGGUUGGUUUGGGGAGGUAAACUCUCAAAAUGCUGCUGAUUUUUUUUUUUUUUUUUAAGGGUAAAGAGCAUUGGUGUUUAGCAGCUUCAUGCAAUAAAAAUGUCUUUGAUUUUUGAUAGUCCAAAUACCGGUCUUUCCAAGUUUACCAGGUCACUGCGAUGGCAAAGGGCUGAAAAUGUGCUUAAGGAUUUCAUCUGAUCUUAAACCAACUUGGAAAUAUUUUAGAUCAAUGUGACACUCCUUUGAUUCCUGUGAGCUUUUCUAAUCAAUAGGGCACUGACUAUAUGCCGGACAAGUAGCCUGAAAUUUUUGUAUUCUCAACCAAUAAAGAAUGAUUGCCUUUUAGCAGAUCA